CCUCGCUAAAGGCGAAAAAGAGAUCAUACUUCAUGGAUUAGGAGCUGCUAUUCAAAGAUGUUGCAACCUUGCUCUUCAACUUGAAAUACUGUUCUCAGGAACUUGCCAAAUAGAAGUAAACACUGGAACCGUGGAUGUAAUCGAUGAUCUGGAACCGCUAACUGAUGAUGUAGAUUUUGGAGCGCAGAUACGACACACAUCGUCCAUUCAUAUUCGAAUAUUCAGGACAGCAUUACUUGGUGCAAACUAUUAAAAUGUUCUUUACAUUAAGUGAAAUAGUACAGUGGAUCGGACUUACAGUUUUUGAGAUAUGGAUAAACUUAAUAACAAUAACAAUAUUUUCUGCAUUGCUAGCACUUAAGAUUGAUGGUGUGGUGAAUAGUGCUUGGUGGACUAUAUUUGCCCCAUUAUUUGUGAGUGAUGCUAUGAAUGCAUAUUUUUGUUGUAUAGUAUGUAUAAGAAUGACUUUAGAAAACUCUUAUAAGGCAUCAAUACAUAGAGCAUCAUGGAGUUGUAUAUUUCUAGGCUUAACAUUUGUAUUUAAGUUCUUGUUGUGUAGAAAGCUCCAAGGUGAUUCAGCCAUAGAAUAUAGUGAGGUGUUUGCACCAUUGUUUAUUCUAUUACAAUUAAUAGCUGUAAGAGCAUGUCAGUUACACCAAUAAUAAAGUAUUUGUCCACUUUACUUUAAUAAAUGUUUAAAUUAAAAACAUGUUUUAC